AUAAAUGCAGCUCCUUGUAUGGUCCGUGGCUCCAACCUGCCUUGUGGUAAGGUCUUAAGAGCUCUCCAUUAGGACUUGCAGGUUCAAGCCCCAACCCAACUCUCCAAUUCAAAACUUCAACAAUGACUACGGAAUCAGAGACACCACGGAUAACAGAGCUUCAUGUAAGGAUGGACUGCAAUGGUUGCGAGCACAAGAUCAGGAAGACUCUGCGUGCCAUUGAUGGUGUUAGCGAAUUAUACAUAGAUCAAGCUAACCAGAAGAUCACAGUGGUGGGGAUCGCCGACCCAGAGAGAAUCGUCAAGGCCAUCAGGAAGACCAAGAGGGUUCCCACCAUCUUCUCGCAAACCGACCCCGCGGCCGCAUCCACAGAAGGGGAGGCUCCACCUCCCGCCGACCCGCCGCCAGCAGAUGCACCUCCGCCAGAGGAGGCAGCACCGGCCGAAUCCGCACCAGAGAAGAAGGAAGAGCCACCGGCCGAAACCCCGUCCACUGACGCCACCGUGAUACACAUGGUGCAUGACUACCCGUACAGCCACGGUCACCAUCUGUACAGGGAGCACUGGGCGAACCACCCCAUCGACAUGCAUGGCGUCAGAUACGACGCUGCACCUUACCAUGUGACUCACAGCUACAGCCACCACCGGCCGAGCCCUUACGUAGCAGAGUACGGCUACUUGGGCUCUUCUCAUGUCCAAGAAGGCAGAUACUACAGCCAUGACUACAACCCAUCCAGGGGCAAAGAAGACGGCAGCCAGAUCACCUCAAUGUUUAGCGACGAGAACCCAAACGCAUGCAGCAUAGCGUGAGAUCGAGAGGCGAUCUGCGUAAGGAUGCAGAGACAUGUUUCUGCAGAUCCUUGAUGCCAAGAAGGUUGCAGAAUGUAGAGACAGGUGAUGCUCUGGUCUGUGAAAAAGAGCUAGUGUUUAGUAGUAAGAUUUAAAUGUGAGAUUUGUGUGAUGUAGUAAGAGGGGUGUAAGACAGUGGAAGGGGAAUAAUAUAAGAUGCUUAACUUGUAGUGGGA